AAAAUUGUUCUAUUAUAAAAAGACCCUUCUCAAGGAGAACAUCGUGUUGUUCGUGAUCCCUUACAAACGUACCCCAAUCAAAUCUAACCAUGUCUGGCCGUGGAAAGGGAGGAAAGGUAAAGGGAAAGGCAAAGUCCCGUUCCAACCGUGCCGGUCUUCAGUUCCCCGUUGGCCGUAUUCAUCGUCUCCUGCGCAAGGGUAACUAUGCCGAGCGCGUCGGUGCCGGAGCACCCGUGUAUCUGGCAGCCGUCAUGGAAUACUUGGCCGCUGAAGUGCUUGAGUUGGCCGGAAACGCUGCCCGUGACAACAAGAAGACGCGCAUCAUCCCGCGUCAUCUGCAGCUGGCCAUCCGCAACGACGAGGAGUUGAACAAGCUGCUGUCCGGAGUAACCAUCGCUCAGGGUGGUGUGCUGCCCAACAUUCAGGCCGUGCUGCUGCCCAAGAAGACCGAAAAGAAGGCUUAAACGGUGUGACAAAGCUUCCUUCAUCUCAAACCCAAAACCGUCCUUUUCAGGGCGACAAAUUACUUUGCCAAAGACAUUUUAUUCGAUUUAUGCUGUUAUGGGAGAACCAGAAGGAAAAAAAUCCAGAUAUAUCAAGAACCGUGCUUGAAACUGUGUACAAAAUGUAAAUGAAAAAAUGUGCCGUCCUUUGGCACAAAAAAGCAUCCCUUAAUAUUUUCAAUUCUGUAACCUCUCACUACGAAUUCUACAAAAUGCAGCAUAUCAUAAGCGAUGCAUAAGAUUUUCCAGGUAGCUUGUUCAAGAGGGUUGGUUUUACCAUAUAAAUACAACCAGUGAUACCUG